UCAUUGGCUGAUGGGAGAAAUGAGAGGCUGGAGGUUGGCGCUUCGCACCCGUGUCCGUGUGUUUACACUCACAGUGCUCAACACACACAGACGAGCAUACGCGUCAGGACCAUGGCGCUCCGCAGAUAACAGCGGACAUUUACAAGCUAUACACAAGUAUUACAUACAGUUUUUUCCUCUGUACUCGAUAGGAAUAACGUUGUAGCCUACUUUUGUUUUUGAUUUGUGUUCGCGUAAAGAAAAUGCGUUCACCGGCACGGAGUUGUGAAUGAGAUGAACUUUACGCAGAUUGUUGGUUACCUUCUGUUUUACUGGAAUUCCUCCCUGACUGGACGUUUUGUGUAACUGUGUCGUUUUAAGGAACAUCAUAUUUUUCUAUAAUCGCGGGAAAUAUCUGGGUCAGACUGUAAAAGGAAGUUUUAUAGCAAAGCACUCUACGGUCCAAGUUAAGUUGGAGGGACUCGUCUCCGUAUUUCACACCGUUUGAAGUAUCCGGAGACUGUUGACAGGGGAUUCAGCGAGACUUCAGCCGACUGAAGCGAGAGAGCACCUGGGGACAUUUGGCAGAAGCGUGACCGGGUAAAGAUGCUCUCUGCUUGGAUACAGCGCGACCAGUCUGCCGCGUCCUUUCUCACUUUAGUUCUUCUAUACGGAACCUUUGCGACCCAUGCAGAUGGAAGUGAUUACAGCGAGGUUCUUCCCGACUCCUUUCCGUCUGCUCCGGCUGAACCGUUGCCGGAAUUCCAGACUGAACCGGAGGAUGCCUUCAUUGUGAAAAACAGACCGGUCAAGCUUUCCUGCAAGGCUGCCCCUGCCACGCAGAUAUACUUCAAGUGCAAUGGAGAAUGGGUUAACCAGAAUGACCACGUGACUAAGGAAAGCCUUGACCCCAUCACAGGUCUGGUUACGCGUGAAGUGGACAUCUCUGUCUCUAGGACGCAGGUGGAAGAAUUGUUUGGGCUGGAGGAUUAUUGGUGCCAGUGUGUUGCCUGGAGCUCAGCAGGCACCACAAAGAGCCGACGGGCAUACGUCCGCAUCGCCUACCUAAGGAAAAACUUUGAGCAGGAGCCACUCGGCAGGGAGGUUCGUCUGGAACAGGAGGUCUUGCUGCAAUGUCGUCCUCCAGAAGGCAUCCCACCUGCUGAGGUGGACUGGCUGAGGAAUGAAGAGCUCAUUGACCCGACGUUGGAUUCUAACUUUCUAAUUACCAUCGACCACGACCUGAUCAUCAAACAGGCUCGACUCUCUGACACAGCUAACUACACCUGCGUGGCUCGCAAUGUGGUCGCUAAGCGACGCAGCAGCACUGCGACACUCAUCGUCUACGUGAGUGGCGGUUGGUCAUCCUGGACAGAGUGGUCGGAGUGCAAUGCUCAGUGUGGGCGGGGCUGGCAGCGACGGACACGCAGUUGCACCAAUCCGGCACCUCUCAAUGGAGGUGCCUUCUGUGAAGGCCCACCUUUUCAGAGAGUCACCUGUACCACACUUUGUCCAGUGGAUGGAGGCUGGACAGAGUGGGCCAAGUGGUCUGCCUGUGGGACGGAGUGCACCCACUGGCGCAGCCGUGAAUGUCAGGCGCCCCCGCCACGCAACGGAGGACGUCAUUGCAUCGGGAGCAUGAUGGAGAGCAAGAACUGCACAGAGGGACUGUGUGCCCGCAAUAAAAAGGUUUCUAUUGAACAUUCAAGUCAUCCUUCGGGUUCUGGUGCUGGUGUAGCCGUGUACGCGGGACUGGUGGGAGCUUUGCUGCUCUGCAUGAUCCUCGUGCUGUGCGUCAGCAUUCUGGUCUAUCGCCGGAGCUGUCGACAUCUCCAUGGCGAAAUCACGGAUUCCUCCUCGGCCCUCACAGCUGCCUUUCAUCCUGGCAACUACAAACCACCACGGCAAGAUAACCCACACUUGCUUCACCCGGCAGCUCCUCCUGACCUCACCGCCAGUGCCGGAAACUUCCGUGGUGGUCCCCUUUACGCACUGCAGCAGGCCACCCUUGACUCCGCCCAUAAGAUCCCCAUGACCACGUCUCCUCUGCUGGACUCACUUCCUAGUCUUAAGAUUAAGGUGUAUAAUGCAUCUACCAUGUCUUCGCUGGAGCUGCCGACCGGCCUGGAUUCUAUUGAUGGAGAGAUUAUGAGUCUGAAGACUGUGGGCUCUGGCCCUAAAGACCACCAUGGGCACACGUUGCCUAGAGAGCCCAGUCACAGUGCCAGCGUCACGCUGGGCUCCCUGGGAGGUCGUCUCACCAUCCCUAAUACAGGAGUGAGUCUGCUGGUUCCACCGGGAACGAUUCCUCAGGGAAAGUUCUAUGAGAUGUAUCUCAUCAUCAGCAAAUGGGAGAAAACAACGUUGCCGUCAGAUGGUAGUCAGACGGUACUGAGCCCUGUUGUGAGCUGCGGACCCUCGGGCAUGGUGCUCAGCAAACCCGUGGUCCUCACUCUUCCCCACUGCGCCCAACUAGAGCCCCCAGACUGGACGCUUACCCUUAAAAUGCAAAACCAUCAAGGUGCCUGGGAGGAGGUGCUAACUGUGGGUGAGGAAAGCCUGUCAUCACCCUGCUAUAUGCAAGUGGAAGAGCAGAGCUGUCAUAUACUGAUGGAACAGCUGGGGACAUACGGGGUGGUGGGACAGUCGGCCCCCCCUCGGCCAGCUUGUAAACGGCUGCAGUUGGCCCUGUUUGCCCCUAGGGCACCGUGCCUCUCCCUGGACUACAGCUUGAGGGUAUACUGCAUACAGGACACCCCACAUGCCCUUAAGGAAGUGUUAGAGGUUGAGCGGAGUCUGGGUGGGGUUUUACUAGAGGAUCCCAAACCUCUUCUCUUUAAAGACAGUUAUCACAACCUCCGACUAUCAAUUCAUGACAUUCCCCAUUCUCACUGGAGAAGUAAACUUCUGGCUAAGUAUCAGGAGAUCCCGUUCUAUCACAUCUGGAGUGGAAGCCAGCGGCCAUUGCAUUGCACUUUUAGUUUAGAGAGAGGAAGCUUGGUGGUUUCUCAGCUCACCUGCAAGAUCUGUGUUAGACAGGUAGAGGGGGAAGGACAGAUAUUCCAGCUUAACACCGACAUCCAAGAGACUUUGCCCCCCCACUCGCCAUUACCAGCAGGUGGUUCUUGUCUACCUUCAUCUCAAGUGGGUCCAUAUGCUUUCCGACUUCCCGUCUCUAUUCGGCAGAAAAUUUGUGCCAGUCUUGAUGCCCCCAGCGCGCGUGGCUGUGACUGGCGAAUGCUGGCACGCAGCCUGGACUUUGACAGGUAUCUGAACUACUUUGCAACCAAGCCCAGCCCCACAGGUGUGCUGCUAGACCUGUGGGAAGCUUGUCACCAGGGUGACGCAGACCUGGUCUCCCUGGCGACAGCUCUUGAAGAGAUGGGCAAGAGUGAGGUCUUGGUUGUCAUGACGACGGAUGGAGAUUGCUGAUUGGCAAAUCAAAAAGUGUGAAAAGGGGAUAUAUUUACCGCUACAAACCUAGAAUUAACGCAAGUGGAUGAAAAGAAGACUGUGUCGGAUGCACAAGUUCCAGUACUUGCCUAAUACCUCAGUUGUGCUCGUGGGGAAUCUUUCAAGGACUGCGACAUGGGGUCGAGCAGCCAGGAUGAUCUUGGAGUGAUACAGUGCAAACAUAAUGUAGCAAAUGGAAGUACACUGUAAUCAGACAAUAGAGAUAAAAGUUGAAAAUGAGGUCAAAAAGAAUUGCUCGUCUUCAGUACUUGCGCUGAUACGAUCAAAACAACGCCAUCUGAGAAGCUUAUGAUUAGAUGA